UCCUGUGUCCCCACAGCCUGUGAUCACUGCCUGCGGGCACUGGAGACGGCAGAAGAGAACGCCCAGCGCCUGCUGGGGAAGAGCUCCCUGGUGCUGCCUCACCCGGAGCAGUGCAGCAUCCGGAAAGAUCUGCACCAGCAGUGUCCCCGCUGCCAGGUGAUGUACUGCAGUGCGGAAUGCAGGCAGGCAGCUCUGGAGCAGUACCACCAGGUCCUGUGCCUCGGCCAGUCCCGGGAUGACCCCACACACCCCCUCAACAAGCUGCAGGAGGCAUGGAGAAACAUGCAUUAUCCCCCAGAGACUUCCAGCAUCAUGCUGAUGGCCAGGAUGGUCGCCACCAUCAAACAGGCUAAAGACAAGGAGUGGUGGAUCAAGGCCUUCUCUCAGUUCUGCAGCAAGACAGCAAAUGAGGAAGAGGAGAUUGUACACAAGCUGCUGGGGGACAAAUUUAAGGGCCAGCUGGAGCUGCUGCGCUUGCUCUUCACCGAAGCCCUUUAUGAUGAAUAUCUCAGCAGGUGGUUCACUCCAGAAGGCUUUCGAUCCCUYUUUGCCCUCGUUGGGACCAAUGGCCAAGGCAUAGGAACCAGCUCCCUGAGCCAGUGGGUGCACGCGUGUGAUGCCCUGGACCUGCCCAUGCUGCAGCGGGAGGAGCUGGACGCCUUCAUUGACCAGCUCUACAAGGACAUCGAGAAGGAGUCGGGAGAGUUCCUCAACUGCGAGGGAUCAGGGCUCUACGUGCUCCAGAGCUGCUGUAACCACAGCUGCAUCCCCAAUGCCGAGACAUCCUUCCCAGAAAACAACUUCCUCCUGCAUCUCACUGCUCUGGAGGACAUUGAAGCAGGAGAGGAAAUCUGCAUCAGUUACUUAGAUUGCUGUCAGAGGGAGCGGAGCAGACACAGCCGCAACAAGAUACUCAGGGAGAACUAUUUGUUUACCUGCUCGUGUCCCAAGUGCCUCGCACAAGCAGACGAUGCCGACGUGACAUCGGACGAAGAGGAGGAGGGCGAAGGAGAGACGGACGAUGCUGAAYUGGAGGAUGAGAUGACUGAUGUGUGAUCUUGGCCCCAGGCGAGAGGAGAGGGACAGAAUGGGAAGGGAAGGGCCUGGGGGUUCCUCUGAGAGGCAGCAGCUUUAAUAUUAGGAACAGGGUUGUGUUGUGGGGUCGGGUGCUGGAGGUGCUGGAGUGGGGCAGCCAGGAGCCAGAGGCAGGCCCUGCUCCCGCCUCUCCGUGUUCUCUGUGUGCGUUUGUGUGUGUGUGUCAGGCUGUUCCUGUCCUCCCUGGGGACAGGCUGUGAGCCAGAAGCCCUACACCACAUCCCAGUUCCCAGCAGGGCUGGCUGGUGCUCCCAGGGGAGGUGGGAGGACAAUGGGAUCCAGCCAGCCCCUGGGAUGGCACUCUGGUCACCUGUGGCCACCUGCAAGGGCACUUUGCUGUGUCUGUGCCAGCCGUGGAUGCGGAGGAGCGUGUCCUUCCCACCUUGCAGGGUCGAGGGGAAUGCGUGUGUGUGUCCGUGUGUCUGUGCACGAGGGGUACUAUUUAAUGUCUAUAUUAGCACUAUCUACACACUGUGGAGCUGGGCCCCUAUGUAUGCUCCAUUCCAUGCCUUGGCCAGCAGUGAGGGGCAGGAGGAUCUUGCAGGGGACACCUCGGAAGGUGGCUCAGAUCUGAGUCCAGCAGUGAGGGGCAGGAGGAUCUUGCAGGGGACACCUUGGAAGGUGGCUCAGAUCUUGAGUCCAGCAGGGAGAGCAGAGCUGACCCUGCAGGCACCUCCUCCCCAACUCGGCCCAUCCUUCCCAUGACGCAGAGCCCCGGGCAGUGACUGCAAAACCAUUUGGGGAUGGAGAAUGGCCAGGAGCCGACAUGGGCUSUGGUGUCAUCCAAAAAGGACAUUUUGGGUUUUGCAGAGGGAGUUGUCCCUUCCUCCAUCUGGCUGUGGGAUGAGGACGUGCCAGUGCAGGAGGGGCUGUGCCCAGCGAUGCCCUGUGUGCUGGUGCUUCCCUGCACCCAGUGAUCCCACAAGGAGAUGUGCCAGCACCGAGUGGCCCCACUGGAUGUCCCCUUGUCAUCCAUCCCAUGCUGCCACCCACAAGGCCAUGCCACACUGCAGUGUCCCUGUCUGCAGACCAUGUGGCUGGAAGGACAACAMGACUCCAAGUGAAGGACAAGCAGCAGGCCAGGGAUGCACCUGGGGUUAUUUCCUCCCUCCAUGGAUUUUGGGGAGCUGUUUACCACCACUGUGUCCGUGGCAGCUGGAUUGUGGGACYGAGGGUGGCACCCCUGUGACGCUGCCAUCACUGCCAGCCUUGCCUCCUGCUGCUUGUCCCCAGCCAUCCCGGGACCUGUCCCCUUCUGUGUUCGUAAUAAACUGAACCUGGUGACAGCUGGGACCCUGUGCUUUGUAAACUGGAGGGUGCUGGGUGCAGAGAGGGCUGUGACACAGGGGCUGGUCCUGUGGGGACAUGGGUCUGAGGGAACAGACCCCUGUGGCAGUGUGGGCUCUGCAUUAGUGACCAGCCCAGCCUUGGGGACAAGUGCUGGAAGCUGUGCUGUCCCAUGAGGCUCUGACUGAGCCUUUCCCYAGCUGCAGGUGGCACUGGGAGAAUUUUAGUAGGAUAAAUUUAGGGAUGACAUCCCUACAUCCCCUGACAGCUGGA